AUGCAAUUCAAGCUCUCUGCUCUUACUGCCCUUGCUUUGACCACCCUUGCGGUUGCCACUCCCCUUCGUCGUGAUCAAUGCGACACCGGGUCCAUUCAAUGCUGCCAGAGCGUCCAAUCGCCCACUAGCUCCGCCGUCAGUGCCAUCUUUGCACUCUUGGGCAUCGACGCUCAGGAUGUCACCGCCCUCGUCGGGCUUACCUGCUCACCCGUCACUGUCAUUGGUGCGGGAUCCAAUAGCUGCACUGCGCAACCUGCAUGCUGCACCGACAACUCUUUCCAUGGCCUUGUCGCUCUAGGAUGCACCCCCAUCAGCCUUUAA